AUCUGUCGUCGGACAACAAGGGACCGCGCUGUGCACUGUAGUUUACGUUAGUUAACACGUCGGUAGUUAGGGCAGUUGUUUCUGCUUUUAGUUUGAAAUGGUAUUAUAGUUAAUUUUCUUUGUCACAUCCCGGUCAAUGUUUAUGGAUAACCAGACGUUGAAGCAUCUUUAAACGGACUUUCAGGUAACUUCGGAAAAAUGCCAUUGCAUGGGAAAAUAGUGGUGAUUAAGAGGAGUGGAGGAGAUGGGACGGAAUUUCCUCUUACUGCAACAUGUUUAUUUGGAAGGAAGCCUGACUGUGAUAUCCGUAUUCAGCUUCCACAUGUCUCCAAGGAACAUUGCAGAAUUGAUCUGAAUGAAAAUAAAGAGGUCAUUUUGACCAAUCUAAGUUCGUCUAAUCCAACAUGUGUCAAUGGAAAGGCUCUGCAGCAGGCCGAGUCCUUGAAACAUGGAGAUGUGAUAACCAUCAUUGAUCGUUCUUUCAGGUUUGAGUACCCACCAGCACCUACACCAAAGAAGAAGAGAUCUUCCAUUGGAAGCAAAACUGAAGGCCUCAAAGUUCUUCAAGAUCAAGUUGUUGACACUGUUGAGAGGGAAGAAAAGAGGAAGUCUGAAGUUUCCACAGACCCUCAUCUCAAAGAUGGAGCUAACCAUGACAACAUCCAGCGUUCCCUGGAGAAAACUUUGGAGUUGGAGUCUACAGAAGAUAGCCAGUUGCAAAGCAAGACCAACUCUCCCUUCAGCGACCUGUAUCAAAUGAUCAAACAAUCCCUGGAUGUCAAGACCCCUCGCAAAUCUUCGGCCAGUCAAGUUCAGACACCUGCAAGGUUUUGCACUCCAAAACCUGUCUCACUCAGGAAAAAUGAGGGAAACCCUGCUUUUACUCCCAAGAAAGAUGAAGCUAAAAUUGUCGCUGAUCCUGGAGGUAAAGCCAGUGGAACCCCACAGUCUGUUAAGAAGCAGGGGAAGCCCAUCCAGGUUCCCUUUGCUGACCUGGAAUGGCUCAGAGAGGAAGAAGCUGAAAGCGUCAACAAGCUCAAAGCAACUUCACCACGGAGGAGAAACAGUACAGCUUCCCAGAAGUUUAGUGUUGCUGAAGUUAUUGAGCUAAUCUCCUCUCAGUCACCCAUGAGAAGGAGGAGUAAGGAGGCAACACCAGCUAAACCUUCGGUGACCAGAGAGCAAGAGGAAACUGUGACAACUCCCAAAACGGAGCUUCCUCAAAGACGAUCGCCAAGAAGCUCAGGGAAAGCUGAAAAAGUGCAAAAGCGCAAGAGUGGAGAGAUUGGAAGAGAUUUGCCGACUCAACCUCUAAAAAAGAAGCGUGUUUCCUUUGGAGGUCAUCUGAGCCCAGAGUUUUUUGACAAACGGCUGCCUCCUGACUCACCUCUCUGCAAGGGAGCCACUCCGAGGAGAAGCUUGUGUGCCUUUAAACCUAAGCAGUCACUGCUCAGACGAGCUUCUGUCAUUGGCUUGCUGAAAGAGGGAAGUCCUGCAAAAACAAAGACCCCUUCACCUAAGAAGUCAAAAAGCCUUGCGAUUGCUUCUCCCAAAACUCUGUCUGGGAAAAAUUCACCGAAAUCUAGAUCGCCUUCUCCCAAGCCCGCCUCACCUGGAAAGAAAACUUCUCAGUCCAGGUCCUCUUCUCCUAAAGAUGCAUCUCCCAAGGUGGCGUCUCCUGCCAGGUCUCCUAAAUCGAGGUCCUCUUCUCCUAAAUCCACAACCCCUGAGAAGAAAUCUCCCAAGGCAGCAACGCCUGCAAAGAAUUCAUCCCAAUCCAAGAGUUCGUCUCCCUCUACAAACAAAGUGGAAACUCCAAAGGGCAAGAGUACAACCCCAGACCAGGACGCUUUCAGAGUAACCCCCAUAAACAAAAGAAGAUCUCUGGGAACAACAAGUCCUGCCUCUGUGAAAAAGGCUUCAUCAGUUGGUGUGACACUGGCUAAAACUCCCUCAAACCCAGAAGUCCAGACCCCAACGGUCCAAGGGCGCUUCUCCGUUUCACGUAUCAGCACCCCCUCUCCUACUGUCGCUAAGCAGGAGCCUUCAGUCACUGUUACUCCGAAGAUCCCUCUGAAGAGGAAGAGCAUGAAGAGUGCAUCUCGGAAGACGCCAAGUGUUGCCAAGAGUGCAGUAAAAAUACUGCAGAGAAGAAGUGGUGUAUCACGGGCAUCCAUGAAACUCGCAGUUCCCUGGACAGACAUUGUUAAAUUUGGGAAAACUAAGCCUCAAGUCGUCGUUCCAGCUAAGAAAAAGAUCCAGCAGAAGAUGACUAAGAAGGCGGUGCUGAAACCACAGACUCCUGCCAGGAAACCCUUGGGCCAUGUGAGCACUGGACAUGCAGACUCACCUGCUACUAUUGUUGUGGGCAGAGCUCACAAAAGAACAGUGUUGCAUCCAGCUGGAGCUGUACCAAGAGUGGUCACCAAUACGGCGCUCUGUAAAAAGAACAUGAAAAUGGAUGAAGACUUAACUGGCAUCUCUGAAAUGUUUAAAACUCCUGUCCAUGAGAGGAGGAGGAAGUCUUUAAUCACUGAGAGCAGCAUCGCAGGGACUCCAGCAGGCAACCCGGGCACAUCGAUGGUAGAGCAGUCAGUGCUACACACACCGGAGGAGCUAGGUGAGAUGAUCGUGUCUCCGCUGAGUGUUGCAUCUACAGUAAAGAGUCAAAGAUACAACAGCGAGGCAGUCCAACGCCUCCUUGACGGGGAUGAAGAAGCUAGCUUCGUCAGUGACACACCAGCCUUGGAAAUUCCGUCUGAGUCCAGUGAACAGCGGUGCUCAGAUUUGAAGACAAACUCUAAAACAACACCCAAACAGAAGCCAGAAUUACCAGAGUGUGUCACUGGAGUGAAGAGGAUGAUGAAGACGCCCAGACAAAAGGCUGAACCUGUUGAGGAUUUGAGAGGAAAACUCUUGAAAACACCAAAACAGAAGCCUGAGCAACAGGAGUGUCUCACUGGAGUGAAGAGGAUCAUGAAGACCCCAAGACAGAAAGCUGAACCUAUUGAGGACCUGAGAGGGAAGAUACUAAAAACCCCAAAGCAGAAAGCGGAACAACAGGAGUGUCUCACUGGAGUCAAGAGGAUCAUGAAGACCCCAAGACAGAAAGCCGAACCUGUAGAGGACAUCAGAGGAAAACUUCUUUUAACCCCAAAACAGAAACCCGAACAACAAGAGUGUUUAACUGGAGUCAAGAGAAUCUUCAAGACCCCAAAACAGAAGGCUGAACCCCUUGAAGACCUUCGAGGAAAACUCCUGAAGACUCCAAAAGCAAAAAAGGUUGGCGAUGUGAGUUUGGAUGGUGUUAAAGAACUUCUUGAGACACCAACACACGUGCAAAAACCCGACGACCAAUCUGAAAUAACAGAUGUGAAAACUCCACUUGGAGUGGGCUCCCCCGUGCUGUGUCUCAUUGAUGUUAGGAGAAUGGUGGAAGAACCUAAAGUGAAGAGCUCUCCCGCUGAAGAUAAGGUUGGUGAGAGGCUCAAGAAAACUCCCAAACAGAAAGGGAAACCGGUUGAGGAGAAUUUCGGGAUCAAGAGACUGAUGAAAUCACCCAGGCUGAGGGGGGCUGCUCCGGUGGAAGACUUUGAGGGACUUAAAGAGCUGAUGGAGGAGCCAGUAACCAACCCAUCAGGACAACUGGAACCAAAUCAGGAUGAAGAUAACGUUCCAAAGGAUCGUGGUGUCCAUGAAGCAAAAGAACCAGUUGCCAAUGAAGAUGAAUCAUCAGAUAUCAUGGAAACCAUCUCCUCUGUGCCAGAACAGCAGCAUCAAGUGGAAACAGGAGAUGAGAUUUCUCCUGAGGUGGAGACACCAGCUGACAAAGUCACAGAAAUGGAUGCAACUGCUUCAGCUCUCGGCUGUAAAAAGACAUCCGCUCGAGGAAGAAGGGCAAAACCAGCAGAAGCUGCCGCACGUGAACCUGCUCCAGUCAGAGGAAGAAGACAGAAGAAAACUGAGACUGCAGUUCCACCUGCAGUUAGAAACACGACAAGAGGCAGAAAAGCUGAAACUACUGAAAACAAGGAUGUUGAGCCUACAGUGGGAGACCAAAACCAGGAAGACCUUCCUCUUAAACCAAAAAGAGGAAGAAAUACCAAAAAGGUGACGGAUCAAGCCGAAACUGUCCAAGAGGUCCUCAAUCAAAUGGAAACUGCUCCAGAACCUGAGAGUGAACAGAGACCUACAGCUGAGGUUGAGGAAAAAGCAAAUGAGUGUGCAGAACGGCCAGAGAAGGCCGUGGUGAAACCCAAGCGAGGGAGAAAACGACCUGAACAGUCGGCUCCACAGAAGCAAGAUGCACCUGUCGCCCAGACUGAAGAUGCUCCACGAGCUGCCGCAGCAAAAGAAGCAGAUGCAAGUGAAAUCGGCAGUGAUCAGCAAGAAGUAUUGCCUAGCAACACCGAUGAAGAUCAGUCAGAAGCGAUGAAAACUGUCCAGGCACCUGAAGCAGAGAAUUUACCUGAUUUGGAGAAAGAGGCCUGCAAAGUCCCAGAAAUGGAAACACCUGUAGUUCAAAAGAAAGCUGUACGAGGCAGAAGAGCAAAACUGGUGGAAUUUAAAGAAACGGAGGAUAAAAAGGAGGCUGUGGAGUAUUCAGAUGAGCCUGCAGUUCCUGUUCCAGUCAGAGGGAGGAAAGGCAGGAAAAUGGAAGCUGCAGCACCUCCUGCUGCUAAACAGACAACAAGAAGCAGGCGUGCAAAGUCUCCAGAAGGCACAGCUGAUCGUCCAGCUGUAGAAACAGAAGUUACAGGGGAGAUUUCCCAGGCCCCUCCGAUAAUCACCUGUCAAGAAAAUACUGAUUCAGCACCGCCGGCAGACAAAGUCGCCUCAAAGCCGCUCAGAGGGAGAAAACCUAAACAAACACCUGUGGAGCCAGCUCAGCUGGAACCAGAGAAAACUGAAGAGGAGCCUCCCACUGCUGGAAAACCCAAGAGAGGGAGGAAAGCCAAAGAGAAUGAGGUGGUAGAAGACACCGUUUCCACUGUGGAGAUCAAGCAGGAGACUCAGCCUGCGGUCAGGGCUAAAAGGGGAAGAAAUACCAAACAGGAAGAGGGAGAAAAGACAACUUUGAUAGAAGCUACUGACUCCCAGGAGCCUGUUAAGAAAUUAAGGAGAACAAGAAAACCUGAGCAAGGUCAAGUAGAACCAAAAGAAGAGGUCCAAACUGUGGAAAUAGUUGCUCCAGUGAAGGCAGAAACUCCAGCUGUUGAACUAGAAGCAGUGAGUGAACAAUCUUGUGCCAAACCCAGGAGAGGAGGGCGAAAAGCGAAGUCUGACACUGAGAAUGUGGGAAUCAUGGAGUCCACCGAGCUCAAAGAAGUUCUCAUUUCAUCUACAGACAAACCUAAACGUGGUAAGAGAGGAAAGAAGGUCACAGAAGUUGCCAGUACUGAAAAUCCUGAACCCCAGCAGGAGCUCAAAGAGGAGAAAAAGCCUGAGGAAUGCAGCGCAAAGGAAGGAAAAACUUCUCAAGUCAUUCCAGCAAAGAGAGCACGCAGAGGGGCAGCUCCUGAGGAGAGCGCUGAAGAAUCCACAUCAGGAUCUGCUCCAGCACCAGUCAAACCAGCAAAGAGGGGGAGACGGGCUGCAGUGAAUCCCACAGCUGAUGAGGUCUUGGCCACCAGUGACAAGGCAAGUUCUUCUGAAGAUUUAAACAAACCGUUAGUGGAACAUGAAAAGAGUUCCAACAAAUCUGUCAAGUGGAAAUCAUGCCUGGAGGUCUUUGACAUUCCUAAAUCAACACCAGUUAAGGCCGUUAGAGGGAGGAAGUCAAAACUGACCAACCAAGUUGCUUCAAAAGAUCCCAACGAGGAUGAAGAGGAUCUCUCAGAUAAAGUUGUUGUAGCACAACCUGCCAAGAGAGGCAGACGUGGAGCAACGGUUGCUGAUGUGACAGCAGAGUCUAAAAGUAAGGGGAGCAUAAAAAAUGCUGAAGCUGAACCGCAGCCUAAAACCCGACGAGGAAGAUCAGCUAAAAAAUAGAUGCAUUUGUUUAAAUGUAACUGUUAUUCCUUUAAGUUUUUAAAUUUUAUUUUUUACAGUGUAAGGCAUAUACAAAGUAGUUUUAUUGACUGUAAACAAAGUAUUGUUUUUGCUUAAGUACAGCAGGGAUUAUUGUUUAAAGCCUUUUUUUUUUUUUUUUUAGAAGUUGUAUGUUAUUCUUGACUGGUUUUUACAAUAUUUUACUGUAGGAAGAAAAAAGUGAUUAAAUUUUUUUUCUAUAAGAAA